CACCAGCACCAGCACCAGCAGCAGUCCACCACCCACGCAAACGCCAAAGCCCCAUUCCCCCGACCCCAACAGUUGGACGACAGGGUGCGCACGCACACUCACCCGCACGUCCAAAGCACGGGAGCGCGCUCAUGCACAUCCUGCGUCUCCUCGCGGCGCGGCGUUUCCGCCGCCGCGCCGUGUCCACUAUCAGAGCGAGCGCGACGGCGCCGGCCACGCCGUGCGGCUACAGCGAGGACGACGGCCCCUUCUUCGACCUCGACCUGUCGUGCUGCUCCGCGCCCGCAUCCAGCGCCGAGUCGAGCUCCGAGUCCGAGGACUCUUCCUGCGCCGGCGAGGUCGACUUGGUCAUCUUGCUGCAGCGGAGCUGCUCCGCGUCGCCGUCCUACGAGCGCCUCUCCUUCAGCCGCUGCGGGUGGGGGGGAGCGCCCCCGCCGGCCAAAUUCUGCGCGUCGGAGCCCAGCGACGCCGCCGCACGUUUCAGCACCAGCAGCAGGCGCGGGAAGCUGCGCACGCUCAGCUUCGGAUCCGCCAAGGCCGCCUUCUACGGCGGCCGCGCCAGCUUCUCCCGGAGCUCCAACAGCAGGCGCUCAGCGAGGCUCUUCGCCGCGUUCGCGCACGGCUCGCCGGACCAAGACCAGGAGGAGGCCAAGAGGACACCCACACCCUCAGCCGACGUGAUCAGGCGGUGCCUGAGCAAGAUCUCGAGGCGGUUGCGGAGGGUGGCGCCUGGGGCCGCUGCCGUGGAUAUCCGGCUGCGGAAGAGCCGCUCGGUGUCCACGGCGCAGUCGUCGCCACCUUGCCGGGACGACUCGCUCGUGGAGAAGCAGGACGGCAUCGCGAGUGCCAUCGCGCACUGCAAGGAGUCCAUCCAUCGUGCGUCCAUAUCGGAGGGCGACUCGUCGCUGCUGCGGUCCCGGAGUGACCCAGGAACGUAACUUGCACUCUCAUAGUUAUUUUUUCCAACCAUUUCGCCUCGGAAUCGUGGAGCAAGCGAGGCGGAAGCUUCGCGCUGAAUUUCAAUUUCGCAAAGGAAGCAAUGAAAGACGAAGUACAAAUUGUUAAAGCUUGAAGUGCAUGCGGUGGUUUAGGAAGCUAGCAGGAUCUUUAACCGUCCUCUUUUUCUUUUGUGUGUGGGUGAGCUCUUUCUCUUUGUAGUUUAGGCGUGGGGAAAGGCCGAAAGAGCUCCUUUUAGGCUCUUUUCGCCACCUCCCACAUGUACAAGCGUGGAGUUGUGCCAGUUUAAUCUUACUUUCGUUCGGUUUUUUUCUGUGCCUUCUUCAUCUUUUCGUCUUGUAACACGAAAAUAGAUUUGUAACACGACCUUUCGUGUGUGUGUAA